AUGCCCAUCACAUUCAUCAAUCGCAGCACGCACAACUUCCACCCUCCCACCGAAUUGGCCGCCAUCAACGCCCACCACGCCCACACCAGACACCAAAAGCGCCGCAGGGCAAUCAAGGACGCAGCCCGCCGCCAGAACGCCCGGAUCCUGAGCUACGUGGUGACGGAGCGGGAGCGGGAGAGUGACGACGUUGCCGCAGACGGGGACGCAGGCGCAAACGACCAAGUCUACUGGCAGCAGCACGCCGCCAACAGCAAUACGACGGACGCGCUGGUUUUCUGCUUGCCGCCCUGGCAACGGCCUCGCCAGAUCGGCACCCUCCGCGACGACCCCUUCUGGACGCUUCCCGUGGCGAACACGCACAGCGCCAUGACCGCCUUUGACUACCACUUCCAAGUCAUGUGCCCGCUGGCGCUCGGGCUGGGGAACUACAACCAGCGCCAACACCAGAUCAUGCGGCUGCACGUGCUCGAGACGGCCAUGUACUGUUCGUCGAUGAUUGCGUUCGGGCUCGUCAUGCAGAGCUUGCAUGUACACUGUGCGGCGCGGUUGUCGCGCGAGGCCGUGCACCAUGUCAAUAAUGCCGUGGGCGGGUUGAGGGCCGCGGUGGGCAAUCCGGAUCCGCGCGUGGGGACGAGUGAUAUUGUGUUGGCGACGAUUUUUCCCAUGGCGGUUGUGUAUCGCAUGUUGAAUGACUAUGACGCUUUCAAUGCCCAUGUCGAGGGCGUGCGGCGGAUCGUCGCCCUACGAGGCGGGCUGGAUAAUCUGGGGUGGGAAGGAUUCUUGAAGAUAUCGGCUGUGGGGUGA